AAGUCCCACGUGUUUAACUUCGUAGCGCAUGUGGAUUUUACUCAAGACAUGUAUUUACAGUAGUGUAAACGGUUUACUGGGAUUUACUAUUAUGCUUUUUGGAAAAGAGGUACCAUGGAGGCGUUUGGAGGGUAUGACAUUUGGCAUGUACUCUGCCGAAGACCUAAGGAAGUUGAGUGUCAAGACCAUUACCAACUCCAGAUUCCUGGAUAAUGUUGGUAAUGUUGCCGCCAAUGGUCUUUAUGACCUGUCAUUGGGCCCUUCUGAUUCCAAAGAAGUGUGCUCAACAUGUAUGCAAGACUUUAAUAACUGCCCUGGGCACCUCGGGCACAUCGAGCUGCCCUUACCUGUAUACAACCCACUUUUUUUUGAUAAACUCUACCUGCUGAUCCGGGGAUCAUGUCUGAACUGCCACAUGUUGGUUUGCCCCAGAGCAGCUAUCCACCUCCUCCUGUACCAGCUGAAGCUGCUGGACGUGGGAGCUCUACAAGAGGUUUAUGAGCUGGAGCGUGUACUGAAUCAGUUCCUGGAAAGCAAUGACAAAGCUUCUGGUGAUGAGAUCCAGGUGGUGUUGGAAGACUAUUGUGUUUCGGUCAUCAAACAGAAGUCAAGUUCCCAACAUCAUUCGCCGAUUAAGCACAUCUGUGAAAAGAAGAACAGCCUUGUUACAUCCUUCUGGAGGGUUCAUAUGACCUCUAAGAAAUGCCCUCACUGCAUGAGUGGCAAAUCACAGGUGCGCAGAGAGCACAACUGCAAACUGAUUGUCACUUCGCCUCUAGCUUUGUGUAAAGAUGGGGCCAUCAAGGGGCCCACAGAAGAUGAUGGAAUGGCUGGGAAACGUGGAUACUUGACCCCUAGCAUGGCUAAGGACCACAUCAUGAAACUGUGUGAAAAAGAAGGUUUCUUCCUCAAGCAUUUGUUCUCAGGAAUGGAUAAUUUGGAGAGCUCACCCAGCUCCUAUUCUGACAUUUUCUUCCUGGAGCUUAUGGUGGUUCCUCCAUGCAGGUAUCGGCCCAUUAAUCGUUUGGGAGACCGGAUGUUUACUAAUGGUCAGACAGUGAACAUGCAGGCAGUUAUGAAGGACAGUGCUGUCAUUCAGAAGCUACUAGCGCUUAUAGCAGGGGAGAACCUGAAGGAAAAAGAGUUGGCACUAGAGGAGGUACAGGAAGCAGACCCCCCUCAGACAGACCAGGCUUUCUUGGUAGGGAUCCCUGGUACGACCCUCACCGACAAACUAUACAACAUCUGGAUUCGGCUCCAGAGUCAUGUCAACAUUGUCUUUGACAGUGAAUUGGACAAACUGAUGUCUGAGAAGUACCCUGGAAUUCGUCAGAUCUUAGAGAAGAAGGACGGUUUGUUCCGGAAGCACAUGAUGGGGAAACGCGUGGACUACGCAGCACGUUCUGUUAUCUGCCCUGACAUGUACAUUGGGACCAAUGAGAUCGGAAUACCCAUGGUGUUUGCCACCAAGCUGACCUACCCCCAGCCUGUGACCCCUUGGAACGUUAAGGAGCUUCGGCAGGCGGUGCUGAACGGGCCCAAUCUUCACCCUGGAGCCUCCAUGGUCAUCAACGAGGACGGCUCCCGCACCAUCCUGAGCAGCACCAACCUCACUCAGAGAGAGGCCAUUGCCAAGCAGCUUCUGACCCCCUGCACCGGCCAACACAGGAUGCCUAUGAAGAUAGUAAAUCGUCACAUAAAGAACGGUGACGUCUUGCUCCUCAACCGACAGCCAACGCUCCAUCGGCCGUCCAUCCAAGCGCACCGAGCCCGCAUCCUGCCUGGAGAGAAAGUGUUGAGGCUUCACUAUGCUAACUGUAAGGCCUACAACGCUGACUUCGAUGGGGAUGAGAUGAAUGCUCACUUCCCCCAGAGUGAGCUGGGCAGGGCUGAGGCCUACACGCUGGUCAGCACAGACCAGCAGUAUCUUGUGCCCAAGGAUGGGAAGCCUUUGGCAGGUCUGAUCCAGGACCACAUGGUGUCAGGCACCAGGAUGACCAUCCGCGGCUGCUUCUUCUCCCGGGACCAGUACACUGAGCUGGUCUACCGAGGUCUUACCGACAAGGUCGGCAGGGUCAAACUGCUGCCCCCCGCCAUACUCAAACCAUGCCCUCUGUGGACUGGCAAACAGGUGGUGUCUACGCUUCUAUUGAAUGUCAUCCCAGAGAACCACAUCCCUCUGAACCUGACGGGAAGGGCCAAGAUCCCGAGUAAGGCCUGGAUCAAGGAGCCUCCACGCCCUGUACCAGGCUACAAGCCUGAAACCAUGUGUGACUCUGAGGUGAUAUUCAGGCAGGGAGAGUUGUUGGUGGGAGUCUUGGACAAAGCCCACUAUGGCAGCUCUGCCUACGGCCUGGUCCACUGCUGCUAUGAGCUGUACGGAGGAGAGACCAGUGGGAAACUCCUCAGUUGCUUGGCUCGCCUUUUCACUGCUUACCUUCAGCUGUACCGAGGCUUCACAAUGGGUGUGGAGGAUAUCCUGGUAAAACUAAGAGCCAACAAACAGAGGAAGCAGAUUAUAAACGAGUCUGUCACGUGUGGUACUAAGGCCCUGCAGGCAGCCUUUAACCUGCCUGACACAGUGGAGGAGAGUGAGACUAGGGGUCGUUGGCAGGAUGCCCACCUCAACCCUGACCAGAGAGACUUCAACAUGGUGGACCUCAAAUUCAAGGAGGUGGCAAACCAGAUCAACAACAACAUUAACAAGGUUGUCAUGCCCCUUGGUCUCCACUGCAGCUUUCCAGAGAACAACCUCCAGCUAAUGGUGCAGUCUGGGGCAAAAGGCUCCACUGUCAAUACCAUGCAGAUCUCAUGUCUGCUGGGUCAAAUUGAGCUUGAGGGCCGGCGUCCUCCGCUGAUGCCUUCUGGGAAGUCCUUGCCCUGCUUCCAGCCGUACGAAAGUUCUCCUCGCUCUGGAGGCUUUGUGUCUGGCAGGUUUCUUACAGGAAUCAAACCUCCGGAGUUCUUCUACCACUGCAUGGCUGGCCGAGAGGGUCUGGUUGAUACAGCUGUUAAGACUAGUCGAUCGGGGUACCUUCAGAGAUGUGUGAUCAAGCACCUGGAGGGCCUGGUGGUUCAGUAUGACCUGACUGUUAGAGACAGUGACGGAAGCGUGGUCCAGUUCCUCUAUGGAGAGGAUGGUCUGGAUGUCCCAAAGACACAGUUCCUCCAGCCAAGACACUUCCCCUUCAUACAGGACAACUAUGAGGUCAUCAGAAAGUCCAAGUGCUUGGAUGAGGUCCUGGCUAAACUGGACCCGCAGGCUGCAGCCAACCAUUUCAAAGCGAUAAGGAAGUGGAAAGCCAGACGGGAGCAUCUUUCCCCCAGGGAUGGGGCCUUCCUCCUGUUCUCCAAGAAGAAACUGAAGAGGGCUGAGAGCCAGGCUCUAGAGAGUCUGGCUAAUGGCAGGGACAUUGCCACCUUACAGCUGGUGGAACGAUGGAGUUCUCUGGAUCCGAGCAGUAGAUUGAAAUACCUGAAAAAGACUUCACGCUGUCCUGAGCCCUGUCUGAGCCUUUUCAGGCCUGACAUCUCUUUUGGUUCUGUGUCAGAGACUUUUGAUGACAUUGUUGAGUCCUACCUAGAGGACUUCCAGGUAAAGCAGUCACCUGAGGAAAGCUCAGAGGACCUUGAAGCACAAAGACUGAAACAUCUGCUACAGCUGAAGUGGCAGCGAGCCCUCUGUGACCCCGGAGAGGCUGUGGGUCUUCUGGCUGCUCAGAGCAUAGGAGAGCCCUCCACCCAGAUGACCCUCAACACUUUCCAUUUUGCCGGCAGGGGGGAGAUGAACGUCACCCUCGGUAUCCCUAGGCUUAGAGAAAUCUUGAUGAUUGCCAGUUCCAAGAUCAAGACUCCCAUGAUGAGUAUUCCUGUGUUGAACACUAAAAAGGCUAUCAAGCAGGUGAAGAAGCUGAGGAAGAAGUUAACACGCGUUUGUGUAGCAGAGGUCUUACACAAAGUGGAUGUCUUGGAGACACUCAGAGUUGGGCACAAACGAGAGAAAGAUCGCAUUUUCAAGAUCAUCUUCCACUUCCUGCCCCCAGAACGCUACCAGGAGGAUAAGAUGCUAACUCCUCAACAGAUCCUACGCUACAUGGAGACCAGGUUUUUCCGCCUACUGCUUGAGUCCAUUAAGAAGCACAAUGCCAAGUUGUCCUCCAUCAACGCUGUGGAGACACGCAAGGCUGCACUGACAGAUAAUGACCAGGAUGUAGGCGAAUCCUCAGCCAGGCAGGAUGCUGGAGAUGGGGAUGGGGAGGAGGAGAGCAGGAUUGUGGACGAUGAGGGAAAUGAGGGAGACACUGAUGCCUCGGACGCAAAAAGAAAAGAGAAGCAGCAGGAGGAAGUAGAUUAUGAGAGUGAGGAAGAUGAAGAGGAAGAGGUGGAAGAACUGCCGGAGGACCGAGAGGAGCAGGCCGAAGAUAAUUCUCCCCCUGCAGAGGCAGUGGAAGAGGUGUCAGGUGACACCGCAGGGUCUGGUGGUGCUCGAGCAAGGAGUCCAAAGCUGAAAAACACACACACACAGGACAGCAUGAGGAUCAACGCUGUGCUGGAAACCAGCUCCACCAUUGAGGGUUACUCUUACGACAGCCAGCAUGGCCUCUGGUGUGAGGUUACGCUCGCCCUGCCUGUCAGCAAAGUGCAUUUUGAUCUGACGUCGCUGGUGGUGGCCGUGGCCCAGAAUGCAGUGGUGAUGGAGACCAAGGGCAUCACCAGAUGUCUGCUGAGUGAGGUCACAAAAAAAGAUGGCUCCAAGGAGCUGGAGCUCAAAACUGAGGGCAUCAACAUGCAUGAGCUGUUCAACCACAGUGACAUUCUUGAUGUGAAUCGACUGUACUCAAAUGAGAUCCAUGCCAUGGCAAACACGUAUGGCAUUGAAGUGGCCCUGAGAGUCAUUGAGAAGGAAAUCAAAGAUGUCUUUGCUGUCUAUGGUAUUGAGGUGGACCCCAGGCACUUAUCCUUGGUAGCAGACUACAUGUGUUUUGAGGGUGUUUACAAACCUCUCAACCGUUAUGCCAUCCAGUCCAACGCCUCUCCAUUUCAACAGAUGACUUUUGAGACCAGCUACAAGUUCCUAAAGCAGGCAACUAUGCUAGGUUCCCAUGAUAAAUUGGUCUCUCCUUCAGCUUGCUUAGUGGCUGGAAAGGUGGUAAAAGGAGGGACAGGAAUCUUUGACCUGAAGCAGCCAUUGCAAUAAGUGUUAUUAACCGCAUACGGUACCAUUGUCAAACGGAGGUGAAUGCACCAGUUCACUGCAGGUGUUUUUGUGUUUUCUUUUUAGCAUUUCCAACCUUGGACUUAUUGUAAGUGUCUCUGCCUUGAUGUUGGACACACUAUUAGAUAUUGUGGAGAGAAAAAAACUAUUCAGGAAGUCAAGGUCUGUGUAUAUAAACCCAGUAUCCCAAGUGCUGCAUCAAGACUUUUAAGUCUGUGUAAGUUCUACUGCCGUUGAUGUCGUCAAAUGCUAGGUAGCUUCAAAUCAAAUACAUAAACCUGGCGUUGCUACUGCCAUACUCUUAUCACCUGAGCCUCGUAGCACCUCACGGGCAACUAUCCUUGAUUGUACAUUUUAAAAUGGCUGCACCACCACCUCCAGUGCAGAUGUAAUUUCAGAUGUUAUUACACCAAGUGCAAGGUCAAAUCUGCUUGCUUACUUGUAUUUUCUGUCUUUUGAUAUUAAAUAUGUAUUACAGUGGUCUAAAAAUA